UUUUUUCUGAAGACAAAUGUAAACCAGAAAAUGGCAACAUGAUCCACUAAAGCCGCUGUGUCAUGUGCGUCCAUUUGCCCAUGUUAUUCCAGCUUAUUCAACGAUACAAUAUGAUCAAUAAAUAAUAACAUCCAUAAUUAAGUCAACCCAUUGUUCAUAAAGUUUAAGAAUUAAUCAGUUUUAAUCAGUCCUCAAUUGUUUGUCUAUAAUCUAAAAAUUAAGAUAGGAAAAUCAUAAUGCAGAAGUUUAAACAAUUUGAAGGAGACAACUUAUUGAAGAGACUGCUUAAUUUUCACUCUAUUUAAAUCUCUCCCUUUAAGGAAGUAUAGAAAAAUAAAAGGUCGGUGACUGGAAUUCAUAAACUUAGAAAAUAAAAAAGAUGGGACAGUUUAAUUUUUCUCCACACUUCAGAAGCAAACAUUGGCCAUUAUUAUAUAAACUCAACCUCUGGCUUUGCUUCUCAUACAUAUUUUUCUAAACUUCAAAAGAGAUAUUUGGCCUUUGAGAGUUCAUUUUCCUUCGUUUUCCCCUUCAGAAAUCAAUUAUAACAUGACGACUUUGGAGCUCCGAGUCCAUAUGGAUUGCCCCGGUUGCGAAAGCAAAGUCCGAACUUCACUCCAAAAUUUAAAAGGGGUGGACAACGUGGAAAUCGACAUGUCGUUACAGAAGGUGACGGUGACCGGAUGGGCGGAUCAGAAGAUGGUGCUGAAGGCGGUCCGCAAGUCGGGGCGGCGGGCAGAGCUGUGGCAGUUACCCUAUAACCCGGAGCACGAUAACUGCAGUGAUCCCUACCCGCAGCACCAGUUAAAUGGGCCGAUCCAAAAUUUCUAUGGGCCCCAGCCCACAUCUUCUUACAACUAUUACAAACAUGGGUACGAUAAUCAUGAUCAGGCCCACCAUCAUAACUACUCCACACAUUCCAACAUCUUCGGCCGCCAGACCGGUUCCAUGUUCAGUGACGACAAUGUUAAUAAUUGCUCCAUUAUGUGAUAACUGAUAAUUACUCCUUUUUAAUCUCCGUUUACGAAUUUAAUCCUUUUUUUUUUUUCUAUUUUACUUAUGUAAUUUUAUUUGCUUCUC